AAGUAAAAAGAUACAGCAUAAACAUCAGAUCAAGAAAUUAAUUCCAUAAAAGAGGCACAUGGUUCCAUCUGUUCACUCUUUCUCUUGCCAACUCCCUCUCUGACUUCUUCUUCCUUUUCUCUCUCUCUCUCUCUCUUUAUUCCUCUGUCUGCGGCAGCGCCAAAGUCACCUUCCAUUACUCUUUCUAGAUUUUGUUUUCAACCGUUUCCGAAAAAUCCAUGAGUUUCCCCACAAUCUCCGCAACCCCAUUUAACUCUACAUUUCUCUUGUUCCAUUUCCAUGAAAAUAUACCCAUUUGAUAACAUUUCUACUUUACAUUUUCAAGAUUUCACAUUUUUAACAUUCUACCAGAUCUUGGAUCUUCCUUUUUUCCUUUAAAAUGUCAUAAAGGUACAAUCUUUACACCAUUUUAGUACACCCAAGUGACAGAAUUUGUCAUUAAAGAAUGGAACACAAGCAUAUGCUCAUACUUAUUAUAGUACCAAGUUCAGUAACUGUUAUAAUUAUUCUGUUCGUCAUGAUCUAUUGUUGUAGAAGGAAAGGAGGAGAAACUGUUUCAAGAGAUAUAGAAGCUAGUUUAGAGGUUAAAGAAAGAGACGGGGUUGAGAAAGAUUUAUUGAUAAAGUUUAAAGAUGGUGAAGAUCUAACAGUGUAUGAUAUAUUGGAUGCUCCAGGUGAAGUUAUUGGGAAAUCAAGUUAUGGAACUUUGUACAGAGCUACCUUGGUGAGUAUUGAUAGGCUUACACUAUUGAGAUUCUUGAGGCCAGCUUGCACUGUGACAAUGAAAGAAGUGGUGCCUGUAAUGGAACUUCUGGGGUCCUUAAGGCAUCAAAAUUUGGUGCCAUUGUGUGCAUUUUAUGCAGGGCCAAGAGGAGAGAAGUUGAUGCUUCAUCCUUUUUAUCGUCAUGGCACCUUAGCCCAAUUGAUUAGAGACGGGAAUGGUGAGGCUCAUAAAUGGCACAUCAUAUGUAGGAUCUCCAUUGGCAUUGCUCGAGGACUAGACUAUCUUCACACAGAUUUGGAAAUUCCCAUAAUCCAUGGAAACCUUAAGUCGAGUAACAUACUUUUGGAUCGUCACUUCAGACCAUAUGUGUCCGAUUUUGGUUUGCAUCUUGUCUUGAAUCCAACUGCAGGCCAAGAAAUGCUUGAAGCUUCAGCAGCUCAAGGAUACAAAGCCCCUGAAUUGAUCAAGAUGAAAGAAGUUAGCGAAGAAACCGAUAUUUAUAGCCUUGGGAUUAUCUUGUUAGAGUUACUAACAGGGAAAGAACCAUUCUACAGGAAACCAAAUCUUGAUAAGGAUAUUUAUUUGCCUAAUGCUGUUCAGAGUGCAAUUCUUGAUCAUAGAGUUAUGGACUUUUAUCAUCCAAAGAUUCUACUUAGCCAAAAUGAUGAGCAAAGAGCAGUUAGUGAAGAUCUUAUUUAUGAAUUCCUUCAGCUUUCAAUGGCUUGUUGUUCUCCUUCACCUGCUCUUAGACCUACUAUAAAACAGGUCGUUAGCAAGCUUGAAGAAAUUGGAAGGUAAAAUGAGCAAUCGAUUCACUCGGGGCAGGACCUGUUUCCUUUGAGUGACUUGAUCCAAUUGAUCUGUAUGGUGCUGAUAUAACAGACUGACUUGUUGCCAGAUAACGGAAUAUGUCAUAGCAAGAAGCUUAUAUCAAAUUGGCAAGAAUUAUGAAGUUGGUGUUGAGUUAUUCGGAAAAUGGUCAUCAGAGACAAGUUUCUGGAUCCUGAAGAUUAGCUUCCAAUAUCAUCCUCAAGAUUCACUCUUGUCAUUUAACAAGGGGAUGAAUGGAUUAAGGAACUACAUUGUGAAACAAAAUAUUUGUAAAAUGUAGUUGAAUAGACCUUCGUGGUCCGGCCCUUCUCCGGGCCCGCGCAUAGCGGGAGCUUAGAGGGUGACGUUUCGUCUCAAUUUCAGAGAAAUCUGGUGACAGUUGAAGCUCCAAAGGAUCGACAAGACAUAAUCACCACCAACCGGGUGCAUGUACCACGAUGUUUUGACAAAAUGUUGUGAUUUUUUAGCUUAAACAUUAGAAAAGACAGAGUGUUCCAGCUACAAGACAAACAAGAGCCAUUUUCCAUCACUGAAAUUAUUGAACGCCAGUUUUGUCAUUGUUCGGAAAGUCUAACACCAUAAAGAUUUACAAGCUUACUGUAUUGAUUUGUUUACUGUAUUCUCGUUUGUCUUACGUCUGCAUUAUAUCAAGCUGCUCCCUCUCCUCUCUGCACGUGUACGUACUAGCAUACAAAAAAUGCUAUUCAUAUAAAUUUCUUAAAAAGAAUAAUUUGUUUUUAUUAUGAAUACAA